GCGCGGAAGACAAUGAGCUUCUAACCCCAGCUUGUUCAAUUAAGCCUGGAGGCUUGUUGUUUUUUUGUGCGGGGGUGGGCCUGGUUUUGCGCUUUCUGGCUUUGGUGGGUGGACCGCAUUGUGUACUUGGGAGUGAGGUAUGCCUGUAUAUUAAACCUGUCCACACUGCUACCACUUUUUACUGAUGUUCAUAAACAUGACUGUACUGCUGCCAUCGCUGAAAAGGUACUGCCACAAAGUGAUUUGAAAGAUGUACCAUUAUCUGACCCUGACAUGAUGCUUUUUGUCGAUGGCUCCAGUUAAAAAAAAAAAAAAAAAUCUAGAUUGCACAAAUGCAACCGGAUAUGCAGUAGUGACACAAUGAAAUCUUAGAAGCUAGGCCAUUACCAAAACAUUAUUCAGCACAAGUAGCAGAACUUGUAGCACUGACAAGAGCAUGCAUACUAUCAAAAGGGAAGUCCGUAAACAUAUACACUGAUAGUCAAUAUGCAUUUUCAACAGUACAUGUUUUUGCACAACAAUGGAAAAACAGGGGGAUGGUGACCUCUAGUGGUAAGCCAAUUUCACACACAGACUUCAUUUUAGAACUCUUGGAUGCAAUCCAAUUACCAAAAGAGCUUGCAAUAUGUAAAUGUCAAGCACACACAAAACAUACAGACCCCAUUUUGAAGGGAAAUUAAAGGACAGAUGAAGCGGACAAAAUAGCGGCACAAGUAACGCAUCAAAUAAUGACAGAACUGGAAAUCCUAGCGAUAGAUCAUACAGUCCUUACUGAUAUGCAGCAGAAUGCACCCCCCAGGGAGAAACAAUAUUGGAAAACAAAAGGUUGCACAAUAAUAGAUAACAUUUACACAUCACCUGAAGGAAAACCGGUAUUGCCAAAAUCCCUAUUUAGGUAUGCAGCAGUGUUGACACAUGGAGUAACUCAUGUGUCAAACAGGGGGAUGACUGAGAUGUUGAAUAAAGUAUGCACAGCCUAUGGUUUCACCAACUACUCAAAAACUUUUUAUUCUCAAUGCCUUAUAUGUGCAAAACAUAAUGCUCAGGGAGGCAUAAGACCACGGAAAGGAAAGUUCCCCAAACCGCAAUAUCCAUUCCAACACAUUUGUAUGGAUUUUAUUGAAUUGGACAAAUGUGAAAGGAAAAAAUAUUGUUUGGUUAUCAUAGACGCCUUGACCAAAUGGGUGGAGGUAUUCCCGACAGGAAGUGAGGACACACAGACUGUGGCCAAAGCAUUACUAAGAGAUAUAAUUCCUAGGUUUGGAAUCCCUGAAAAGAUUUACAGUGAUAAUGGAUCCCAUUUUGUAAAUAAAACUAUACAACAUUUGACAGAAGUGAUGGGUAUCCAAGUAGAAAACCAUUGCGCCUACCACCCCCAAUCGGCUGGAUUGGUGGAGAGACACAAUGGGAUCCUGAAAAACAAUAAACUGAGAAAAGCUAUGGAGGAAACAGGUAAAAAAAUUGAAUGUACUGCCUACCAUUAGCUGUGACUAGCAUGCAUAUUACACCCACAUAGGAAAGUUUAAGCCCAUUUGAAAUGAUACAUGGAAGGUCAUAUAGAAUACCCCAACUACUAAAUGAAACACGGUUGAAGAAUCUGAAUGUACCUUAGCAGAAUAUAUGUCUAAGUUGUUGAAACAGAAACAAAGUAAGGAGGUCUGUUCUAUCCCAGAAGGUUCAAUCUAAGGAGAAGAGAAAAUCCAUAUCGGAGACUGGGUCCUAAUAAAAGUAAUAAAAAGGAAACAUUGGCACUGGCCUAAGUGGGAGGGGCCAUAUCAGGUUCUUCUUACCACUCCCACGGCAAUAAGGAUUGCAGAGAGGUCUACCUGGACUCACCAGUCCCAUUGCAAAAAGGUUUUACAGGCAGAGCAGGGUCAGUUGGCGGCAGAGCUCUGGUAAAGUCCGGCUACAAAGGGAGGUUCUGCACAAGGUGGGGCUUAUCUCAAACCGGCGAAGAACUCCAUUACCUUACCCCCCAGGGCUCUGUAGCUGGUUAGGAUGAAAGGGACAGUAAUUAUCUUGGGUCUACUGGUGACUCUAGGUGAGACGUCUAUACGUGGAGGCAGAAACUGGAAAGAAAAGGAACCUCUAGAAUGGGCAAGUACGGGGAAGGCCUUGAACUUAACCUUCAUAGAAGGGGAAACUAGUACAAUUUUAGUUGAUUUUUGCCAAAUGGUGGAUUGUAGGGACAUGACUGAAGCAAGAAGGCUCCAAUGGGCAGAUAAAUAUAUUUGUUAUCUUGCAAGUGGAACUGACUGUUCAGUAUGGAACCAGGCCCUGUGGACCACAGCACACCAAGAUUGGGGGUACAACAUUCUAGGCAUAAAUGGUUUAAAAGAAAGACUCACAAUAACAAAGGCAGCCAAUUCCCCCUGUACACAUGGUAGAGAUUGCAACCAAUUGCUGAUAACAUUGAAAGAACCUAAAAGAACGGAUCAACGGUUGUAUUCUAUGGGAGCAUGGGUGUCAGGAACAGAUCCUUUAGGUAAAUUUUUCCUCGAGGUAUUACCCCCCAAUGUGAUCAAACAGGAAAAGGUAGACACGGAAGGAAAAGAAGAAGGCCAUACUAAAAUAGAAGUUCUGAGUAACACUAUAAGAUUUACUAACCUAACAGUAGAAGAUGCCAUAGCUUUGGAGACGGGUUACCAAGAAAAAAAUGAGUGGUUAGAAUGGUUGAGGUACACAGUUAAAACUCUAAAAAAGGAAAACUGUUUAGUUUGUGCUGGAGCUAGACCACAUUUAGCAACGGUCCCUUUUCCUCUAGAUUACAAUACAGAUCCAGAAGGUUUAAAAUGUAUGCUGCGGUUGUAUAAUAAGAGUUAUAAACCAGAAACAAAUUCUACCUGUCACACAUUGAGUUUGUUGUUUCCCCCAGUGCAGAGACCUCAGAUACCUCCAGCGGUUGCUACGUAUCCGGGCAAUUUUACUUGUUUUGCACUCCCAGGGAACAGUAGCGCGGUGGAUCUUGGGUCACUACCUGAUGACUGCUGUAUGGAGAGGAUUAACAAGGAACAUGGUGACUGGGUGGAACAUGACAUUCAGAGAGCUGAUGUCUGGUGGAUGUGUGGGGAUAAGAAACUGCGAGCUAGGGUCCCGGCCAAUGCCCAAGGGGAUUGUGCUAUGGUCCAGCUGGUUAUGCCCCUGAGAAUCCUGCCAGAACACCCGUGGACUAAGAGUCACCAACGGUAUCGAAGGGACACCUCUCCCAAAGGGUCAUUUGACUCCCAGAUCUACAUAGAUGAGAUUGGAGUCCCUCGAGGGGUGCCGAAUGAGUUUAAGGCCAGGAAUCAGGUAACGGCAGGGUUUGAGUCUCUUUUCUGGUGGGUGACUAUAAAUAAAAAUGUCGACUGGAUUAACUAUAUAUACUACAACCAACAACGAUUUGUAAACUAUACCAGGGAUGCUGUAAAAGGCCUAGCAGAACAGAUGGGCCCCACCUCUCUGAUGGCAUGGCAGAACCGAAUGGCCCUAGAUAUGAUUCUAGCUGAAAGAGGAGGGGUAUGCAAAAUGUUUGGUAGCAUGUGUUGCACCUUUAUCCCUAACAAUACUGCUCCUGGGGGGACCGUGACCAAAGCCCUGGAAGGACUAACUGCUCUAUCGAAUGAAUUGGCAGAAAACUCAGGUAUUAACGAUCCAUUCACAAACUGACUUAUCACAUCAUGUUUUAUCUAAUUUGCUGUGGUUUUGAUUGUUUUGGUCACUUGCGGAUGCUGCUGCAUUCCCUAUAUUCGAGGACUUUCACAAAGACUGAUUGAAACUGCAAUCUCAAGAACGAUGUAUCAAGCCGUUCCUACCUCGGAGGAGACCUAUGUGGACAUUGAAGCUCAACUUAAUGACAUACAGUCCGAAAAUGUAUAACACGGGGACUAUUAUCCAAAUGUGUUGAGAUAAAAAUAGACACAUGAGGAGGGAAUGUUAGAAAAGUUUUGUUUGUGUGUCUAUUUAAAACAGAGCUGACACUCAUUCUUCUAAUAUGGCUUCCGAGCACAUGUUACUAACUGGUUAUAUUCUUUUGUUCUUAAUAACCCCAUACGUAAUGUAUAGAUAACAGAUUGUACAGGAAGCUCUGUUUGGUAAUAAAGUGCCAGUCUGUGCCAGGUACAGAUAGACCUUCCUUAGCUAAUUUAGCCAAUAAGAAGUGUUAUCGUUGUUUCACUGUAAGGAUGAGAAGGUGGGGGCUCCUCUCUUCUCACUCUCUUUUGCUUUUUCUCUCAACUUGUAAGCAUCACUAAAAUGUAUUGCUGCAUUUUGAAUUAAAUUAUCUUCCCUUUCAAACA